AGACCCUCGAAUGGCUGCUGAAGUCACAAAACGUGUCCAGGGCACGCCCGCCCAGAAUCGCUUGGAUGUCAUACUCGGCGACGUGAUGAAGACGGAACUUCCGUAUUUCGAUGUUUGCAUCAGCAACACUCCCUAUCAGAUCUCUUCUCCACUCACAUUCAAGCUUCUCGCAACCUCGCCAGCUCCCCGAGUCUGCAUUCUAAUGUUUCAACGAGAGUUUGCGCUGAGACUAUUCGCCAAACCGGGCGACAAACUCUACAGUCGACUCUCCGUCAAUGCCCAGAUGUGGGCUAAGAUUGAUCAUAUCAUGAAAGUCGGAAAGAACAACUUCAAACCACCUCCUCUGGUCGAGUCCAGUGUAGUCCGACUGGUCCCCAAAAACCCCAGACCACAAAUCAAUUAUGACGAAUGGGACGGGCUUCUGAGAAUUCUUUUUGUCCGAAAGAACAAGACAAUUCGAUCAAGCUUCCUCGGCAAGUCUACUGUAAUGGACAUGCUGGAAGCCAACUAUCGAACGUGGUGCGCGCAGAACGACAUUCCCGUGGAGGACGGACCAGCGGAUGAGACUGGAGCAGACGCAAUGGACACGGGCAACGUGGCAGAGGAGGACGAGGACGAGGUCGAAGAAGUCAUGGAUUUGGAUGACGAUGACGACGUACCAGACUUCUUCAGAGAGCAAGAAAAUGCUCGUAUACAGGAGGCGCUGAAGGGUCGGUCAAGUCGUAAGAAGAGAGGAAAGGUGGGAGAGCUGGUUCGGGAGAAAGUUCGGCAGGUACUGGAAGAAGAAACAGGCCUCGCAGAUAAGCGUGCCAGGAUGUGUGAUGAGAACGAUUUCCUGAAGCUUUUGUGGGCGUUCAACCAGAAGGGUUUCCAUUUCACCUAAUCCCACAGCUGGCGAGAGGGAUGCGCAUACCCGUCCUUGAAACUUCAUGCUAUAUGCGUACAUAACAUUCCUAAUGAAUCACGAUAGUCGUCAUUGAAAGCCAUCCUCGGGCGACCGAUCUCCAGCCGGACGAAGGU